GACUAAAGCUUUAUAUGUGUAGAAGGUAUUUUUAACUUGACAUCACAUUUAGGCUACAAUAGAUUCCCCUACUGUAGGGAACAUGUUUUAGCAGUGGGUUGGGCAGGUGAUCUGCAGAGUUCCUUUCCAGCCCCUCAGAUUGUGUGGGGAGGGGUAAAUAAAAGCAACAAACAAAAUGGGACUGAUCAAAAGAAAGCACUCUAUAAUAAAAUCCACUGCCAAACAUAUCAUACCUAAAGUAAAUGCAUUGUUUUUUAAAGCAGGAGGAGCAGAGCAAGUUGUAAGCACAGACAGAGCCUUUGAUAGAAAGGCUGUGUGUUAAAACAAGACCCUAAUAUAUAAAGCUUAAUGAACGUAUUAAAAAUUAGAAGAGGGUGUUGUUUAUUCAGGAUAGAGAGUUAAAAAGCUCCUGGAAGGCUAAAGGUUUUUUUUUUUUUAUAUAUAUAUGUAGGUCACUCUGAAAGCAAUGCCUCCUGUUUAUUUCUAAGGAAACUACAACAGCUACGAAGAGCACAAUAAAAUCAGUGAACAGAGUGCAUUCUCAAUAACAAAACACUAUUUCUGAGAGUGUUUGCUGUCAUUAACUGUAUCUCCAUCAGCAAUAAAAAGCGUGCUGCCUUUGUAAUAUUCUGUCCUCUGUAGACGAUGCACGGUAUUUUACCAUCCACCACCUUAUUGUGCUUGCAUCCACGUUGAUGAAUGUCAACAAGUGCCAUUUCUGUGCAUGGAGGAAUUCACUGACACACCUUUGCUUCACGCAUACUUCUGUGUCAGGUGCUGUUCUGUCAGACUGCCCCUCUGCUGCCAUCUGUCACAUGGCAACAAUAUGUAAUGGUAUAUUAGUGGGAAGGUUUGACCUCUUGUGCCAUACCACCAACAGCCACCUCUGGUGUUGUGAGCCAACGUAAAACGGGAGGCAUUUCUUUCAGAGCAGCCAUUGUAUUUCUUACUUGGAAACUGCAUUAAUAGUCACUUAAAAUUACUUGUGAACUUAGCCCUUAGUAACUUCUGAGAAGCAUUAGGACAAGAAGCUCUUGCAGUGUACGUUAUGAAGAAUGGACUAGGUAGCUUGAUCCUUUAUUGUGACUAAUUAAAAAAGCCCAUUUUGGUUUGUAUUUUGAUGUUCUCAAUGAGUGUUCUUUCCUUUAUCUUUAGCUGUUGGGUAACAUUAAAACCUAGAUGGCAUUUCUGGAUCCUGCUUGCAUAUUCAUUUGUUUUCUUUGAUGUGCUGCUGCCUUCUCUAUCUUAUAAACUUCAAGUUUAGCAGUAAUGUUCUGAAUGCAGAGUACACCCAUUUUCUUCCUCACCACUUGAGGCAUUAUACUAGGAAAUAUAUUUAUUACAGCAAAAAUUGCAGUGCUUUUUUUAAUGUGCCAUCUUGUGUUUGUUGGGACUUAAGUCUCCUAAAACACUCUUAACAGCUUCUCUGCUGUGUGUGUGUUUGUAAGCAUGAAUUGUAGGAGCAGGUACAUUCUCAGUGCAUCAAAAUAAGUCAUGGCUGUCUUUCAGAUGCAACUAUUUGUUGCUGUAAGAUCCUUUGCUUUGGAGUACUGUACUGAAACAGUAGGCACACUGUGAAGGCAAGGGAUUUACAAGACCUCUUGGGCCAGUACACAUCUAACAACACACAGCAGUUUUUUCCAUGGACCACAUGCAACAUUGACCUUCUGGAGAUCUUGUUUAAUUCACCAGCUAAAGGGAAGCACAAUGCCUCUCAACGAUGACCAGAACAGUGAUUCAGAUUCUUCUCGCCUUUCUGAAAGUACAGCUUCUUCUAGUGACUCUGAAUAUUCAAGACAGAGCUUUAACAGCGAUUCUUCAAGCAAACCCAGUUCCCCAGCUUCAGCAAGUCCUCCCAAGAUGAUUACAUUUGAUGAACUGAUGGCAGCUGCGAGAAAUUUAUCCAACUUGACAUUAGCUCAUGAAAUUGCUGUAAAUGCAAAUUUCUGUAUAAAACACGAAGACCUCCCACAGAACAGCUUAGCAGGCACAGUGAAACAAAUAGUACACAAGGCAUUUUGGGAUCACCUGGAAUCGGAACUGAAUGAAGACCCUCCAGAAUAUGAACAUGCUAUCAAGCUCUUUGAGGAAAUUAAGGAGAUUCUUCUUUCCUUCCUGGCUCCAGGAGCAAACAGGAUUCAAAAUCAAAUUUGUGAAGUUUUGGACACAGAUCUUAUAAGGCAGCAGGCAGAACACAAUGCUGUUGAUAUUCAUGGGCUAGCUAACUAUAUCAUCAACACUAUGGGAAAAUUAUGUGCUCCAAUAAGAGACAACGAUAUAAAACAGUUAAAAGCAACUGAAAAUAUUGUAGAAUUACUGAGGCAAAUUUUCCAUGUCCUGGACCUGAUGAAAAUGGAUGUAGCAAAUUACACAAUUGAAAGCCUUAGACCAUACCUUCGGCGUAAUUUGGUGGACUAUGAAAGAACAAAAUUCCAGGAAAUUCUUGAAGAAACACCAAGUGCUCUGGAUCUCACAACAGAAUGGAUAAAGGAAUCCAUAGAAGAUGAAUUGUCAUCCAUUUCCGAUGAAUCAUCCUCAUCCCCUGGUGCUGAUCAUAGUUGUAAAUCAAGUAUUAGUCCUACACUGGUGCUAAACAAUGGCUACUUGAAACUACUACGGUGGGACUACCACAAAACAAUUCCAGAGACUCUAAUAACAGAUGAAGUUCGUCUUCAGGAGUUGAGAGAAAAGCUGAAUCAAUUAAAAAUCAUAGCUUGUGUUUGUCUCAUAACAAACAAUAUGGUGGGUGCAGCGAUUGCAAAUGUGCCUGAUUUUGCCAACCUACUGAAAAGAAUCUCUGUUCCCCUUCUUGAAGGCAUGAGCAAGAAAACUUUUGAUUUGAAAGAAGCUCUAAAUGCUAUUGGUGUUCAGAUUUGCAUCAAAGUGAAUGAGUCUCUCACUGCAAGAGAUCUUCCCACUCUUAAUGCAGAAAUGCAGAAUAAUUUAAUGGCUCAAAUCACAAGUAUUGUUGAGAAGAAUAACCCCGUCAGUUCCUUGAUUGAUAAACGGAUCCAGUUGUUCAUGAAAAGCUUGCUUGCUCCUCCAAGUUUUCGGAAAUGUACGCCUGCACUGCCAGGAGGCCUUUCUGUGAUUCAACCAGAGAUGGAACUUGUUGGAUCUCAAUUUGCAAGCAUUGUAGAAUUUAAUAAACAAGUGUAUGGACCAUUCUAUGCGAACAUACUUAAAAAACUACUUUUUCCUGAGGCAGCAAUAGGGAAAGCAGGAAUAGAAGCACCCAGUAACUGAAAAAAAAACCCCAAACUAUUUCUGUACCCCUUUCUUCUACCUUUUAUCUUUUUUUAAUAUAGAGAUUGUGUUCUGGCUCCCCCACUAAGAACUCCAGUGACUAUUAACGAGAGCAAUCUUGUAAAUUGUAGAUGGAUAAUUUCUGAAAUCCACUGGAAGAAAAUUAAUUUCUAUUACAUAUAUAUUUUAUUGAACUAAGUCUGCUCAAUGGAUUGUGGCACUUGUAUUUCACUUUUUGAGACAAGCAAUUAUUUGUAUUUGUGGUGGGUAGGAGGUGGUGAAGCACUUACUGUUUUGCCACCAUUAAAACAUAAUAUUUUAAAAUAUAUAUAUUUACAUAUAUUUACAUAUGCUAUUUUGAGAUGACAGAAUAAUUGUAGAUAAAAUGCAUUAUGCUUACAUUGUAUUUUUUAGAGCAGCGUCUAAUGAAAAAAAAAAACAUGAUUCUGGAAAGACUUUGAAGUAUAAAAAGAAAUGUAGCAUAACUGCUUUUGUAACCAAAUCCAGGUUUAUAGUUGGCCAACUUCUGGUGCUCCUGUGAAUACUGGAACUAAACCUAGCCCCUGUUAUGUUCAGGAAUGCCAGUAUUGCAAGUUGUUCUGGUACGGAAGUUGCAGAAGCGCUCAUUAUUUAAAAUAAGAAUAAUUCAGUAGUUGUCAACUGGACAGGAUAGAGAGAUGAAACACUUUAGAAACAUGAUGCCAGGCACAGGGUGGGGUGGGAAUGCAAAUAUCUGUAUGAUACCCAUCUAGUGAAUAUCAUACAGAUCCCAAGUCUAACCUCUAAUAUAAAUGCUUGUAUUGAUCUUAAUGGGUAUUAAGUAUUUUUGAGGUUGGGCUUUCUGACCUUUAUUCUUGAAAGCACUUGACUUUGGGAGAGAUCUUACAGAGUACAACAGAGAGCAUUCACCCUCUGUAAUCUGUUGAAUAAGGGCCUAGAAUGUUCAAAAUGUAUUUUGGGUACUCUUGUGUCAGAAAGCAGACAACCAGAUCCCUUGCAAUUCUUGCAGAUGUGAUCAUGUUCACUCUCAGUAGGUGUCAGAGAGAAGUACGUCUUCAUUUUAGAUUUAUGUUGUUCUGAAUUUGCUUUUCUCAAAAUCCCUGCAGAUUCAGCCCCAAUACUUGGUUCCCAUUUAAUACAGCCAGAAUCUUAAAUACAGAAAUAGAAUAGGCUUGGAACUGAGAGAUACGGAAGUAAACUUCUGUAAGUUUACAUGUUUUAUUUUGCAUAUUUCAGAUUACUGGGAAUAGAUACUGCUGCAAUACUUGAUAUACAUGUGUUCUUAUCUAUGGAAAUGAAUCAUAAUUUACUUGAAAAUGAUCCUUUAUAUUAUCACACAAUGGUCCUUUUAAAGUGUCACAUAUAUAUAAAUUCCAUGUGGUACAAGUUAAAUAGCUUGUUUUUAAUAUUUUAUACUACGAUAUAUUCUUAUUGAUGUGAAGAGUUGCCCAUAAAAGCUUAAUGUGCCACGCGUAUUAUAUAUAUUACUGUCUAUCAUAGCAAAACUGGGCAUUAUUAGCACUGUGGUUUUGUAGUCCAUUUUUACAGAAUUGUGUACUCUUUUUAAUAAGGGAAAUGACUUCUUGUCAGCUGAUCCUCAGUGUCUGAGGACUUUGGCCACAUGUACAUGGUAUGAAAAUCAUUUUUUGAAAGGCCUUUUAGAAAACAAAUGGCUGUAGUGCACUUCUGUUCUAUCCUUUGUUUUAAAAAAAUACAAAAGGUGUAAAAACUGAAUAUGUAUUCUGAAGGGAACUUCUAUGGAAGCCUGAGAAGGGAACUCUUAGAAUACAGUAACAGUGCCAGGAGGUAAAAUGGAUUCAUUCAAACAGAUCCAGAACUUCGACAUGCAAUUCAAAGUCAGCCAGAGAAGAAUGCAUUUCAAAAGCACUUAAGGGAAGUUAAUUCUCUGUGAUUUGCUACACCCUUGGAAAUACAUACGUCAAGUUUCAGCCAAAAGAUGGUUUUUUUAAUGGGUAUUGGAAGAACAUUUAUGAUGUAACUAUGAACUUUAAUACAAGAUAUACAUUCUGCUGUUCAAAGGAAAAAAAAAAAUUUUGGUGAUUUGAAAAGGGCGUUUUAUAGCAUGGCCUAUGUUUCAAGUGCUUGUUUAAUGUAUCUUAAUUUUUAUUUGAUGUUUCAACCGUCGGGAUUGCAUCUGUUUAAUGUCAUGUUACUGCAUGCUGUUGACGCUACCCUGGCUGAAAAGCACUUGCCUCUGCUCUGAAACUGUCCUUGUGAAACAAGAUGCCAUUCUGUUACAGCUUCUUUUAUUGAAAUAAGAAUUUUUGAAGUUUUGUAUGCAUUCAAUUGUGAUACCAUUGUGCUGAAAAGUCUCUUACGCAAUUUGUUUCUGAAAUGUAAUGGAUCAUGUUAAAUGCUGAAGAUAAAGGACUGCACUAAUA